AUGUCAGAUCAUAACAAUACAACGACGACAACAACAACAACAACAACGACAACGACAACGACGACAACGACGACAAACAAUGCAGCAGCAGCAGAGGGAAUGAUGUUGACCAAGCCUGAAUCGAGGUUGCACUGUCUUCAUUUGGGCUGCACAAGGUCCUCCACAGAUUAUGGCAACUUGGGCAAUCAUUGCGCAGCGGAUCAUGCUUGUACAAAGACUUAUGCAUCCUGUCCCAACUUCAGAAGAUAUCGCACAAAGAUGUUCAUUGCCAAUGCCGACGACAAAGACUCUAUCGAGAUGAUGCGGGCCGAUGGACUCAACAAGUGUCUGCACACGACCUGCCUCCACUUCUUCCCCUCGUUGAUUUCCAUGGGCCAUCACUUGGCUUCGAAACGUGGAGACCAUCAAUGUCCAGACCGCAACAGCUGUCCAGGAUGUCAAAGAAGUGACAAGUUGAUGGCAAGGUACACACUGCCCAAAGUCCUUCCUGUUAUCAAGUCGUUUGUCUGCCUGCACGAUGGUUGCUCCAGAGAGUACGAGAUGUUUGGUCUGUUGCACAAUCAUUGCAAGGAUAUUCAUUUCUGUCGAUCGUACGCAAGUUGUAUCAAUGAACAACGCUAUCGAACAAUGCACUUCACCGCAGCCGCCGAUGACACCGAGUCAAUCAAGAUGCUGAAAGCCAAAGGUCUCAUCAAGUGCCCAGUUGCAACAUGCAACCACUUCUACAAGACCAAGCCAUCAUUUAGAAUUCACUUUAAAUACUGUCACCCUAGUCUCGAUAUAUCAUCCAUAUGGCCAUCUCUGAAGCGCAAACGAUCCAAUGUAAGCGACGAAGAGGAAGAGGAAGAGGAAGAAGAUGAAGAGGAGGAUGAGGGAUACCAGGAUGAAGAUGGAUUAGAUCAAGGUAAUGAUGAUGACGACGACGACAAUGGACAAGAUGAAGAUGGUUAUGAUGUGUCACCAACCAACGAGUUGCCGUCAUCCAAUGACAUGAUCAAGUGUCUCCACUCCAACUGCGAUAAGCACUUCACUCUGUGGAACAAAAUGCUUCAACACAUCAGGAGGGACCAUGAUAGAAGUGAGCCGUGUUCCGACCAGAGCUGUCCAGGAUGCGAGUACCGACGACUCUGGGCGCCAAAGACACCUGAUCCCUCCACCAUGUUCAAGUGCCAACACGAUGGAUGUACUGCCUCUCAUACGGUGCCGAUCCUGAUGACACUGAAUCAAUCGCAAUGUUGA